AUGAUUGUAGGCAAAAGCCUGUACAUUCUUAGCCUUCUGGGAGCCAUUGCAAAUGCUCUCCCAGAGCCAGCGGCACCCCAGGUGACGGCGCCAGCAAAGUUGGAAGAGAGAGCGACCACUUGCACCUUCUCCGGAUCCAAUGGUGCUUCCUCAGCUAGCAAGUCGAAGACCGCCUGUUCUACCAUUGUACUCUCCGCAGUGGCGGUCCCGUCGGGGACUACCUUGGACCUGACCGGCCUGAAUGAUGGAACAACAGUCAUUUUUGAGGGCGAAACAACCUUCGGCUACAAAGAGUGGUCGGGUCCUCUUGUCUCAGUCUCCGGAACGGACGUUACGGUCAAAGGUGCAUCGGGAGCGACUCUGAAUGGAGACGGGAGUCGCUGGUGGGAUGGAAAGGGCUCGAACGGUGGCAAGACGAAGCCUAAGUUCUUCUAUGCUCAUAAAAUGUUUUCUUCCACCAUCAGUGAUAUCAAGAUCAUCAACUCUCCAGUCCAGGUUUUUAGUAUUAAUGGAGCAAAGGAUCUCACCUUGAGUGGAAUCACCAUUGAUAACAGCGACGGCGAUGUCAAGGGUGGUCACAACACCGAUGCCUUUGAUGUGGGAUCAAGCUCGGGUAUCACUAUCACUGGCGCAACUGUCUACAAUCAGGACGAUUGUCUGGCGGUUAAUUCUGGAACGGAUAUCACUUUCACCGGAGGUCUCUGCUCGGGAGGUCAUGGACUUUCCAUUGGAUCUGUCGGAGGGCGAAGUGACAACAUAGUUGACAACGUGCACAUCGAAAACUCGGUCAUCAAGGACUCUGACAAUGGUGUGCGAAUCAAGACAGUCUAUGGAGCAACUGGCUCCGUCAACAACGUCACUUACAAGGGCAUUACGCUUUCCGGGAUCGCAAAGUACGGCAUUGUGCUCGAGCAAGACUAUGAGAACGGCAGUCCCACUGGAACCCCCACGGAUGGCGUGCCAAUUACCGGUCUAACUCUGGAUGGCGUGACAGGCACCGUGAAAAGCAGCGCGACGAACAUUUAUAUUCUCUGCGCCAAAGGUGCAUGCUCUAACUGGACGUGGAAAGGUGUCAGUGUCACCGGUGGAAAGACAAGUGGCUCUUGUUCCAACAUCCCAAGCGGUGCAAGCUGCUGA